GAAAGAGGUCAGACACUCGCGCGUGAGGCGCCUGUAUACUGUGCGUAAACGUCCAGCCUGUGCGCGCCUGUACUGUGCGUAAACGUCCAGCCUGAGCGCGCAGCAGAACGCCUGGUGUGAGUCCGGGUCGCUGGCUUUAAACAUGGAUGACAUAUUUAACCACAGCGGAGCCCUUAACCGGAGUUCACCUGGCGAUGGGGAAUUCAAUUUCGAAGACAUCGACGUGAGCGCGGACGGCACUCCCAUCCUGAGGAUACUCAUCUCCGUGGUGUACUCUGUAGUCUGCGCGGUGGGUUUGGUGGGGAAUCUGCUCGUGUUUUUCAUCAUGAGGUUACGACAAGGUCGGAAGAAGUCCACCAUCAAUGUUUUCAUCACCAACUUGGCGGUGACGGACUUCCAGUUCGUGCUCACUCUGCCCUUCUGGGCCGUGGACACCGCGCUGGACUUCAGCUGGCCGUUUGGAGACGCCAUGUGCAAAAUCAUCCUCUCGGUCACCGUGAUGAACAUGUACGCCAGCGUGUUUUUUCUCACCGCCAUGAGCGUGACCCGCUACUGGUCGGUGGCCUCGGCGCUGAAGAAAAAAGCGCACAGGAGGUCACGGUGCGUCAAGUGGGUGUGCGCGGUGCUGUGGGUGGCGGCUACAGCGGCCACGGCCCCGACGUCGAUCUUCUCCACCGUCACUGUGGUCGCCGGAGAAAAACUCUGCCUCCUCAAGUUCCCCGAUGGGCACGACUGGCUCGCCCUCUAUCACGUCCAGAAAAUAUUGAUAGCCUUCAUCAUCCCGAUGCUCAUAGUGUGCGUCAACUACCUGAUGCUCCUGCGCUUCGUGAAACGGCGGAGCAUGAGCGGCAGCAACCCCAAACGGAGAUCCAGAGUCACCAAGUCCGUCGCCAUUGUGGUGUUGUCCUUCUUCUGCUGCUGGAUGCCGAACCACGCCAUCACAUUCUGGGGUGUCUUGGUCAAAUUUAACGCGGUCGACUGGGAUAAAUCAUAUUACAUGGUGCACACGUACGUGUUCCCGGUCACUGUGUGUUUAGCGCACGCCAACAGCUGCUUGAACCCGGUGCUUUACUGUCUGAUGAGGCCAGAGAUCAGGAAGAUGCUCAGUGGGUUGUUUUGGAGAGCCUCCGCUCCAUCCACAUCCAACAGGGGCGGCGCGACGCGCUACACGCAGGGAGAAACCCAGGGAGUCGUGCCUCUCCAGGUUUUGGACAAUGGCCAGUCCUCGUUGUCCAUCAUAGACCGUAAAGGCUUACCAAGCUCCAGCACGAUCCCAUACACCCGAUGACUUCAGCCUGGUUGAAAAAUAGACCUCGCGUAGCUGCUUUUUCUCUCAUGGUUGUCCACCUGUAACCGUCAUGACUCGUGCGUAAUGCUUUCGUAUUCCAACAUUGAAGAUGUUUAACUAUGGGCACAACCGUACGCUUUAGCAAGUGGUUGUCAUAAUGACAUGGACAAUGUAUAAGAAGUGUUAUGUGGCAUUUUAUUGAAUUUCUACAACUGUGAAACAAAAUGUUGUUGAGUGAUGAUCAAUCGUUCAUCCCUCUCUCCUUUCCCUCCUUUAUUAAUGCAGCUGCAUUCAGUCCCUUUGAAAGAUUACAUUUAUGAAAUGAUGGCCUUCACUGAGUGAGAAGAGGACACGGAACCGAACUGGAGACAUUGCGGACUCUUCCCCAUGAGACUCUCUGCAAAACGUGGGAUUAUAGAAUGAAGAAGGACCUAACAUGAAUUUAAUGUGCAAUGUGGUUCUACUCGUGUAAAUACAUUGACUUUUCAAACUGUCUGUAGAUGUCACACACAGGUGAACUCCACAGAGCGUCGUCCGAGAACAUUGUCAUGCAGCCUGUAUUCUGUAUUGUGUAUGAAAAUGUCCUCCUCAAACAUCAAAGCUGUGUUCAACCACUACUGUAUGAAGAAAAGAAGAGUAUAUCGCCUACAGUAGGCAUUGUUGCUGAGGAUCCAAGGAAAGGAAGCACAUUGUUAAAAUGAUUGUUUGGGGGGGGGGGGGGACAGAGUUAUAAACCUGGCGACACACACACACACACAGUACCUGUCACACACGAACAGUUGAUUGUCUAAAGGUAAUUCCUUUGACUUUAAACAGUAAACAAAAAAAACUCUUGUUUUUGUUGAGUUUGACCUUGGAGCAGCGUCCAGAUAAUGUGGCACACCUCCAGCUGCACACUCGGAUAACUCAAUAACAUACUGCAGCUUCAAACACCUUUUCCUCGUGUUUCUGAAUUAUUAUUCAGCACACCAGCUCUAGUCCAAGACAGAGAGAGGCUGUGUCAGGUGAGAGGUUGAUGGCGGCUGCAGAGAGGUCAGCUGUCGCUUGGCAUCGGGCAGCGGUGCAGGUCCUCUUCAGGGGAUUGGGUCAAUUUAACAUUAGAGAGUUGGAGCUGAGGGAGUCUCCUGGUUGCAGACGGCUGCUGACAGGUUUGUGUGCUGAUGCGUGUCUGUUAUGCGUGUCUGUUAUGCGUGUCUGUUAUGCGUGUCUGUCCCUGUCUUUCUUUUCUCCUCUUUGUGCCCUGAGGCCUCUUGGUGUUGUUGCCUGUCCGUGAUGCUGCAUGCACGGUCCAGUGAUGAUCACAUCGUGUCCAAAAUGAUGACUUUUCCCUCAAGCACCAAGUGUUGGGAAUCUAUAAGUAUCGGUGCCAUGUUGUUCGUCUGUCUGAUCUCCUUGGGCAAUUUUAUUUAUACAAGCUUAAAUCCAGAUGCAUUUAUGAACGUCGAUCAGUAAGGAAGAAAGCUGAGGAACGAAGGAGGAAAGUGCUGAAUACUAAUUGCUUGCUUUUUUGGGGGGGCUUAAUAUCAGGAGCACUUUUAUAAUUCAGAUUACUUUAAGCAGAAAUAUUUGGAUGGAUGGGGUGUUUUGGAUAUGAAUCAAAUCCAAAGUUUUGCCUUCAUUCAAAAUCGCUCAAAGGUCCAAUCAUAUUUUGACUGGUUCGCUUUAUCAAUAUUCAGUGUGAUUUUAAGUGAUUUUAAGUAUUAAAGAGUUAAUAAAGGUCUGACAUU